CCCGUACUUCCUCCAUGUCUCAGCCUCAGAGAGUGGCGCUCUUCCCUGGCAUGGACCCAUCUGCUCUCAAGAAUCAGCUAAAGAAGAGAGGAGAGUCGGACAAUCAGACAGACGGCCCUUCACCCUCUCAGCUCUCACGCUCACCCAAAUCUCCAUUCUUGCCUAGAGCCGCCCGUGUGCUGCCUCCUGCUGGCGGCAAAGAGAAUGGAGAAGAGUCCUCACCUCAGUGGCUGAAAGAACUAAAGACUAAAAAACGUUUGAGUCAGUAUGAAAACGACAGUACAGCCUGAACAAGCAGGAUGCCUUAUAACUGCAGUAUCUGUAGCUGUAACUUGUGACAGAAGCCUUAACCUUUGACCUGGAGUUGACGGGAAGUCUGCUGCUGCUGCUGACUACAACAUCUUUCUGUUUCGUUGGUUUUUCAAGCCUUCCUCUUCAGCCUGAGUCAUGUACAUGUGCAUGGUGCCUUUCUAAAAGAUUUCUGACUGACUUAAAGGGCAAAGCAG